UAGAAUCACAAAGGGCUAAAAUCGCAAAGGGCAAGACACGGCGCAUAGCAGCUCAUUGCCUAGUUCAGUUAUCCACAAAGCAGUGACACAGCUUUUGAAAGCUUUCUACUUUCAAAUGAAUGGAAGCCACUUUUUUUCCUAAACGCAUCACUGCUUCAAAUUCAGUUGUCUUUGCCCUUAAUACUGCCAAAAUGGCCAUGCAAACCUCUUCUUAUAAGCUAUGGUCAUUAAAGAGUUGCUCAUCCCUCAGGGAAACAACUUCAGUUAGUUUGUUAGAUUUAAGGAGUAGCUCUUCUGCUAGAGUUUUCUCUCUUAUGAACAUGACCCACUACUCUACCUACUCCAAUGACAAUGCUUGUUCCUCCGCGAAGAGGAGGUCACGUGGACCAGUAAUGGCGGCCAAGAAAAGGUCUGAAGGGGCUAAACAGGAAGAUGGGAAAUACAAGGACACAGUCGAUCUUCCAAAAACUGCCUUUGGCUUGCGAGCAAAUUCCACAGUCAGGGAACCUGAACUUCAGAAAAUAUGGGACGACAACCAGGUUUUUAAAAGAGUUGUUGAGAGGAACAAUGGGGGCACUUUUGUUCUGCAUGAUGGACCUCCUUAUGCAAAUGGUGACUUACACAUAGGACAUGCUCUGAAUAAAAUCUUGAAGGACAUUAUUAAUCGUUAUAAGCUUCUUCAAAACUUUAGAGUUCAGUAUAUUCCAGGUUGGGAUUGCCAUGGCUUACCAAUUGAGUUAAAAGUGUUGCAGUCACUAGACGAUGAUGCCAGAAAGGAGCUUACACCGCUAAAAUUGAGAAACAAGGCAGCCAAAUUUGCAAAAUCAACAGUGCAGACUCAGAUGGCAUCAUUUAAGCGCUUUGGAGUAUGGGCUGACUGGGAUCAACAUUAUCUAACUCUUCAUCCAGAAUAUGAGGCUGCACAGAUUGAAGUAUUUGGCCAGAUGGCUAUUCAAGGUUUUAUCUACAGAGGCAGGAAACCAGUUCAUUGGAGUCCCUCAUCUCGAACUGCACUUGCAGAGGCUGAACUGGAGUAUAAUGAGGAGCAUGUGUCAAAGAGCAUGUAUGCUGUUUUCAGACUAGUUGGUGUUCCAGCUUCAUGUGACUCAUUGAAAGAAUUCUUGCCCAAUCUAUGCUUGGCAAUUUGGACAACGACUCCUUGGACAAUACCAGCUAAUGCUGCUGUUGCGGUUAAUGGUAAGCUUCAAUAUGCCGUUGUUGAAGUUUCCUCAGCAUCUAUAGAAGGUUCUACAUCUUCCGGGGAUGGAAAAAAGAGGCUUGGAAAUUUAAUGAAGCGCGAUAAAAGCCUAUAUCUUAUUGUAGCUCUGGACCUUGUAUCAACAUUAGAAGCAAAAUGGGGCGUGAAGCUUACUUUGAAGAAAACGGUACUGGGUUCAGAUCUUGAAAAUUGCAGGUACACUCAUCCGAUAGAUAGCCGGGAAUGCCCUGUUGUCAUUGGUGGUGAUUACAUUACAACAGAGUCAGGAACUGGAUUAGUUCAUACUGCACCUGGUCAUGGACAGGAAGAUUAUGUAACUGGCUUGAAGUACGGCUUGCCUAUAGUUGCCCCUGUUGAUGAUGAUGGGAAAUUUACGGAAGAAGCUGGACAAUUUAUGGGACUUGAUGUGCUUGGCAAUGGCAAUGUUGCUGUUAUUGAUUACUUGAAUGAACACCUGUCAAUGGUCAUGGUAGAGCCGUACAAACACAAAUACCCUUAUGACUGGAGAACAAAGAAGCCCACUAUAUUCAGGGCUACUGAACAAUGGUUUGCAUCAGUAGAAGGAUUUCGUGAUGCUGCAAUGGAUGCAAUUAACCAAGUAACUUGGAUUCCUUCUCAGGCAGUAAACCGUAUUUCUGCUAUGACAUCUGGCCGCUCUGAUUGGUGUAUAUCACGCCAAAGGACAUGGGGAGUCCCCAUUCCAGUGUUUUACCACGUUGACUCAAAGGAGCCACUGAUGAAUGAAGAGACUGUAGAUCACAUUAAAUCAAUAAUUUCCCAAAAAGGAAGUGAUGCAUGGUGGUACAUGGCAGUGGAGGAGUUACUUCCUGAGAAAUAUCGCGAUAAAGCAUCAAACUAUGAAAAAGGGACUGAUACGAUGGAUGUCUGGUUUGACUCAGGUUCGUCGUGGGCUGCGGUGCUGGACAAAAGAGAAAGCCUCAAUUACCCUGCAGAUCUGUAUCUUGAGGGGACAGAUCAACAUCGUGGUUGGUUCCAGAGUUCCUUAUUAACAAGUGUUGCCACAAAAGGCAAGGCCCCUUAUCGUGGUGUUAUUACACAUGGAUUUGUACUCGAUGAGAGGGGUUUGAAAAUGAGCAAAUCUUUGGGCAAUGUUGUUGAUCCAAGGAUGGUGAUUGAAGGAGGGAAAAACCAAAAGGAAAGUCCUCCAUAUAGUGCUGAUGUCUUAAGGCUUUGGGUUUCAAGUGUAGACUAUACUGGUGACGUGCUGAUUGGACCUCAAGUCCUUCGUCAAAUGUCUGACAUAUACCGGAAAUUGCGAGGAACACUUCGAUUCCUUCUAGCAAACCUCCAUGACUGGAAAGCUGAUUAUGCUGUCCCGUAUAGUGAUCUUCCAUUGAUUGAUCAGCAUGCUUUAUUCCAGCUUGCUAAUGUUGUGAACAACAUCAGAGAGAGCUAUGAUAGUUAUCAGUUUUUUAAAAUAUUUCAGGUGAUUCAGCGCUUUGUAAUAGUUGACCUCUCAAACUUCUAUCUCGAUGUUGCGAAGGAUCGGCUUUACGUUGGGGGCAGUGCAAGUUUUACAAGGAGGAGUUGUCAAACAGUCCUUGAAGCCCAUUUGCUUUCAAUUGGAAGGUUAAUUGCUCCCAUCUUACCUCAUUUGGCUGAGGAUGUGUGGCAGCAUCUUCCUUUCCAGUAUACUACUGAAGAUGGGCAUGUUGCUAAAUUUGUUUUCGAGUCAAGAUGGCCUGAACUAGAGGCACAACACCUUUCCUUUCCAGAAGAAGAAGUUGACUUUUGGGGGAAAAUUCUUGAGUUAAGGACAGAAGUUAAUAAAGCAUUGGAAGUUGCUCGAAAUGGAAAAUUGAUUGGCUCCAGUUUAGAAGCCAAGGUGUAUCUCCACUGCUCUAAUGAAAGCCUGGCUGAGAGGCUAAACAAAAUGUGCGAACCUUCAAAUGAUGCAGAUGCUCUACAUCGCAUAUUUAUAACAUCUCAGGUGGAGAUUCUCAACUCCUUGGAAGAUGAAAUGAUUAAAGAUGUUGAGUACACUGGAGAAUACCUCAUGGAAGAAGGGAACAAAAUCUGGAUUGGUGUAUCCCGUGCAAAUGGCUCGAAAUGUGACAGAUGCUGGAAUUAUUCACCUCAAGUUGGUUCAUUUACUGAGCAUCCUUUGCUAUGUGGCCGCUGUCACAACGUGGUUAUCGGUCUACAAACUCGUAAUCUUGAUGAUUUAGCCAAGGUCACACAGGGUGAAGCAAAGGAGGCUAUAGCACAAUGAACUUAAUCAACACGUUAUGGCUUACAACUAGUUCAAGCUUCACAUCAAACUGUAAUUCUUCUCUCCAAUUGAAUCUUCAAAAAAAUCUUAAUUUCAUUACCAAAUGUGAGGCACCAGCCCUUGGCAAGACAUCUUUCAUGUAAUUCAUUAGAAUAGAGAAAGAAAAACACAAAUAGAGAAUCUCCUUUUUUUUUUUUUUUUACGAGUUAGGAUAGUAUUUUUGUACAUGCAUUAAUGAAUAGAUGGAUAGUAAGUCAACUGGCAUUGGUGAUGUUUUUGUAAUGGAUUUGAUUCAGACCCUGUUUGAUAACCCAACAAUAUAUUACAGGAGUACUUCUAGAUAUUCUUUA